GCCACGCGAAAGGGUGAAGGCCAACGCCAGUUCCACCUGUUGUAAAUAGUGUGCAGACUGACGUACAGACAGUAUACAUGUGAUGAAAUAUUAAAUACAGAAAUACAAAGAACUUGACGAUGGUAUAAAAUGGUAUUCGAGGAAACCAUGUUGUGUUCCUUUUCAUAGCCUUGACGUGGUGUGUGUGGACUUCCCCAGUAUGGAAGGAGUGCUGCUGAAAUGGACCAAUUACUUGACAGGUUGGCAGCCUCGCUGGUUUGUUCUGGACAAUGGAAUUCUUUCUUACUAUAAAUCAGAGGAGGAAGUCAACCUUGGAUGUAAGGGAUCCAUCAGAAUGGCUGUCUGCGAUAUCAAUGUCCAUUCAACAGACAAAUGUCGGUUAGAUUUGAUUAUUCCUGGAGAGUCCCACUUUUAUCUUCGGGCGUCAAAUCCACAAGAGAGACAGAGGUGGCUUGUGUCGUUAGGAACCGCCUAAGCUUCCCUCACCAAUGGAAGAAUAAAAGACAGUGCAGGAGAGGUUUCCCCAGACAUAAUAAAGACUAAAAAGUCAGAACUUCGACUGUACUGUGAUCUAUUGAUGCAGCAGGUUCAUUCAGUGAAGUCAGUAGCCCAGGGGGGCAGCACAAUGGACAUAGAAAAGUUGAAUGAAGCUACAUCACUGUUAGGUGCCACUUGUGAUACAUUUAUAUCUACUUUGGAGGACUGUAUGAAGAUUGCUAAUGCCAGUAUUGCGUACGAUUCUCCACACCAACACAUCAGUGACUCACCGUUCCCCUUAAUAACAUUAAAAACACCACAGAAAAAGGAGUCUAGAUCCUAUUCUGUGUCAGACAAGUAUCCCCCUGCAGUUUCCUCCAGGAGACGGACGGUUUCAGACAGUUCCCCCGACAAACUCAGCCCUCGGUCAAGGUCAACCAGGUCACCCCAGUCACAAACGGAGAAAUCUGACGACGUACAUCCCCUACAUACAGAGACUCACACCCACACAGAACAAAUAUCACCAGCCACAGAACAAAACUUACAAACAGAAAAUCUAGAGAAUGGUGACGAAGAGUUCAAAGAUGCCAUUGAUGAAAGAAUUCCAAACUUUUUCUCUGUAAUGAAAUCCAGUUUUAUGGAUAUACAGUUAGAAGCAGACGGUGGAAUUCCUAUUGAGCAUUUCCUGUCAGCCUGUAGAUGCAUAGUUCCUAUAUUUGACAAAUUAAACAGCACUGCCUUUGCCCCAGUGAAAAUGGACUUUCAGGGAAAUAUAAGAAAAAUACAGCAAAAAUAUUCUACAAACCCCUCUUCAUUCACCACACUGCAGAAGAUGGUAAUGGCUGAGGUGGACUGUAAACAACACAGAUUGUCCAGCUCGGCCACCGUCGCUCUUCUGUGGAUGAAAAGAGGAUUAGAGUUCAUCAAGGAAUUUCUACAAGAAAUCGUGAACAAUCAACAGGACCUAUCGCUGGCUGCAGGAAACGCCUACAGUAAAUCACUAAGGCCGUACCAUGGAUGGGUUGUCAGGGGUGUUUUUGCUGUUGCAGUGAAAGCCCUGCCUAGUCGUGAAGUGUUCAUCUCUUUACUAGCUGUGCCCGGAGAAGAAAAUGAAGGGACAGACUUUAUACAUUCCUUGAUAGCAGACAUGGAGAAUAACAUCACUGCCAUCGGAGAAAUCCUGCGCAUUUUAAAUGAUUUCUAUAAGGUGCAUACCCUGGACAAUGAUGAACCUUUAAGCCCCGGGCUGCUAUUUCUUUUGACACUGAGGAACCAGUUUAGCCCGGGCUGCUGUUUUCUUGACUGUGAGGAACCGGUUUAGGCCUAGCUGCUGUUAUCCUGGACAGUGUUGAACCAGUGUUAGUCCAGACUACUCCUUUGUUUCUACUUAUUUAUCAACAUUCUUCUUAUUUCAAGCAUACAUGUAUGACAUGUAAAUAAAUUAUGUAAACUAAUAAAAGAAAGUUAACUUAAUAUUUCAAUCAAAAUUUCUCUUUAUAGUUUAAAGAAUAUAUUAUUCAGGGCACAAAAAAGAAUUCAGUUAAAUAUUUUCAACAUUGUUUUGUUAAUUCCUUGAAUCAGUAUGAAAAGCCUUACAGUUUACAUUUUGUAAGGACAUCUAGUCUUCUUGUGUUUCUGUCGUUUUAUUUUCGUUACUACUAGUAUAAUUUUAACUAAAGAAAUAGUCUAUGAAUAGAGAAAUCUCUUUAUAAACCUGAAAAUAUGAUCAAAGUGAAAGCUGAAUAUUUAUAAUUUCAUAUAUUAAGAUAACUCAUGCCGUAUUAUUCAACAUACAGCUACAGUGUAAUAUAGAGUCCGAGAGACACUAAACCUAUUUAUUUUACUCCAUGGGAUGUAGAAAUGUUUCUCAUAUUCAGAGAUAUUGUCUAAAAGUUUGAACUGUUUCAUUCAAAAGCCAAAUUUUCCUAGAAAUAAAUUACAAACUUUUUAUUAAUGUUAUACAUGUACAACAUAUUGUAAAAAAGAAAUUGUUUUUGAUAGUAGUUUGUUGUUACAUUUCAUGUGUGUACAUUUUCUCUGUCCCUUUGAGGGAAAGCAAUUUGAAUAUAUAUUUAUUCUG